UACCGGAGAAGCCCAGCCCGGGCUCCGCCUGGGAUUUGCCGGCCCCGCUGCAACUCCAGCCUCCAGUUUUCUCCCUUUCGCCUCGCUGCCACUCAGUUGCCCCGCCUGCCCUUCUGCAGGAUGGACCUGAUGGAAGGCUGUCAGUUCUCACCUUCUGAAUACUUCUACGAAGCCUCCUACAUCCCAUCCCCCGAGGGUGAAUUUGGGGAUGAGUUGGAGCCGAGAAUGGCUGCUUUCGGGGUACACAAAGCAGAGCUGCAAGGCUCAGACGAGGAUGAGCACGUGCGGGCGCCCACGGGCCACCACCAGGCUGGCCACUGCCUCAUGUGGGCCUGCAAAGCAUGCAAGAGGAAGUCCACCACCAUGGAUCGACGGAAGGCGGCCACCAUGCGCGAGCGCAGACGCCUCAAGAAGGUCAACCAGGCUUUUGAGACACUCAAGAGAUGCACAACCACCAACCCCAACCAGAGGCUGCCCAAGGUGGAGAUCCUCAGGAAUGCCAUUCGCUACAUCGAGAGCCUGCAAGAGCUGCUGAGAGAGCAGGUGGAGAACUACUACAGCCUUCCAGGGCAGAGCUGUUCCGAGCCCACCAGCCCCACGUCCAACUGUUCUGACGGCAUGCCUGAAUGCAACAGUCCUGUCUGGUCCAGAAAGAACAGCAGUUUUGACAGCGUCUACUGUCCUGAUAUGUCCAAUGUCUAUGCCACAGAUAAAGGCUCCUUAUCCAGCUUGGACUGCUUAUCCAGCAUAGUGGAUCGGAUCACCUCCCCAGAGCAGCAUGGUUUGACUCUCCAGGACCCGGCUUCUCACUCUCCAGUGGCCAGCUCCGAUUCACAACCUGCAACUCCAGGGGCCUCUAGUUCCAGGCUCAUCUAUCAUGUGCUAUGAACUACAUGUCUAGUGUAGGUCCGUUCAGUUCAACCAGAAGGCCUAUUGCACAGG